GGUCUUUCAGAUCAUAUGAAUCAGACUCCCCAUCAUUUCGAUAUCCAGCUGAUUUGCACUGAUCAAACACAUGGAUUCAAUCGCCUCUUCCUCUUCAACUACGACUCAUCAGUCAUGGACUUAUGAUGUCUUUCUGAGUUUCCGAGGUGAUGAUACCCGCAACAACUUCGUAGGCCAUUUGCACAGCAAUCUCGUCCGGAAGGGAUUCAAAACCUUCUUGGACGAUGAUGGGCUCAGAAGAGGAUUGGAUAUAUCAUCCGAGCUGUACGAAGCAAUUGAAGACUCCAAAGUUUCAAUCGUUGUAUUCUCUCAUAACUAUGCUUUCUCCAAGUGGUGCUUGGAUGAACUGGUUGCCAUUCUCCGGUGUAAAGAAUCAAAGCAGCAAACGGUGUACCCUAUAUUUUAUAAGGUGGAUCCAUCCGAUGUACGACACCAGACUGGUAGUUUCGGUAAGGCACUGGCUCGUCAUGAAUGCAAAUUCAAGGAUCGGUUGGAUAAAGUUGUGAGAUGGAGGGAAGCUCUUACAAAAGCUGCAAAUCUUUCUGGGCUGCAUUUCUCGGACGGUAAUGAAUCUAAAUUCAUUGAUGCAAUCCUGGAAGAAGUGUCAGGACAACUAUUAAAUCGCACAUGUUUAAAUGUGGCAAAGUAUCCGGUUGGGAUAGAAUCUCGUGCAGAAGAUGUGCUUAAACUUCAAGGUAUUGGGGGAAAUGGUGUUCAAAUGGUAGGAAUAUGGGGAGUUGGAGGAAUAGGCAAAACUACACUUGCUAAAGCAGUUUAUAAUUCAGUUGCUUAUCAAUUCGAAGGUAGUUUCUUUUUGGCGAAUGUAAGAGAAGAGUCAAUGAAAUCUGGAGGCUUUGUCCAUCUACAAAAGCUUAUCUUUACUGAGGUUCUAGGUUGGAAACCUACUUAUUCUAGUGUUGAUCGAGGAAUCGCAUUGAUGAAACUAUUCAUGAGCAAUAGAAGAGUUCUGUUAAUUCUUGAUGAUGUGAAUCAUUUGAGCCAAUUAGACCAUUUAGUGGGAAAUCCUACUUGGUUUGGUUCAGGCAGUAGAAUAAUCAUAACAACGAGAGAUAAACAUUGCUUAACUGGUUUUGAUGCCAAUGAAAUAUACAAGGUGGAGGAGUUAAGUCAUCAUGAAGCAUUAGAGCUAUUCAACUUUAAUGCCUUCCAAGAUCAUAGACACGGGGAAGAUUAUGUUGAACUUGUCAAGAAUGUCCUACAUUAUGCUCAAGGACUUCCAUUAGCUUUAGAAGUUUUGGCUGUAAACUUACGUGGUAGGGAUGCAAAUCAAUGGAAAUAUGCAUUGGACAGUUAUAGGAGUCUUCCCAAGCAAGAGAUUGGAGAAGUUCUGAAAAUAAGUUAUCACGCACUAGAACAUUCGAUGAAAGAAGUUUUUCUUCACAUUGCUUGUUUCUUCAAAGGCAAAAGCAAGCACUAUGUAACAGAUGUACUAAAAGCCUGCAAUCUCAACCCUGACUAUGCCAUUGAUUUACUUGAGGAAAAGGCCCUCAUUGUUGUUACUGAAGAAGAUAGAAUUCAAAUGCAUGACCUGCUAGAAGAAAUGGGUCGAGAAAUAGUUUUCCAAGAGUCACCAAAGGAGCCUGGUCAACGUAGCAGAUUGUGGCGGUUUGAAGACGUGUAUGACUUGUUUGUGAAAAACACAGGAUCAGAUAAAGUCCAAGGCAUCGUGGUUACUAACUGGAAUGACAGCGGAGAAAAGAUACGCUUGAGUAGUGAAAGCUUCUCAACAUUGAAAAAUCUUCAAGUCUUCAUAAUAUGUGGUAAUAUAUUCACCGGAGAUCAUGUGAAUUAUCUGUCCAAUGACUUGAGGGUCCUUGAUUGGUUCUAUUGUCCAUUAUUGUCUUUUCCAUAUGAUUUUAAUCCGAAGAAGCUAGUAUUACUCAAUUUGCCAUCCAGCCAAACGUCACCUGUAGGAGAGUUAGCAAAGAUUAUGCAGAAUCUGAAAUCUAUCAAUUUGUCAUAUUGUUAUGGUCUAAUAAAACUGCCCGACUUCUCUAGAUUCCCAAAAUUAGUGGAUUUGAAUCUAAGUGGCUGUAAAAAUUUGGUGGAAGUUGAUCCUUCGAUUGGAUUUUCAAAGAAUCUCGUCACUUUGAACCUUGGGUUCUGUGAGAAACUUCUCAAGUUUGAGAUUAUUGAAGAAAUGAAAUCCUUAAAAUGUCUGGAUUUACGGGGGACUGCCAUACAAGAAAUUUCUUCAUCAAUUCGAUAUCUUGUUGGUCUUGAACAAUUAACUUUGCGAGAAUGCGCAAAACUUACAAGUGUCGAUUGCAGCAUUUUUGAGUUGCAGCAUCUAUGGCAUCUUGAUCUGUUCUGGUGCGACAGUCUAGUCACAUUUCCAACCAGGUCAGGAUCUUCUUCAACCGAUUCCAGUUUACGGGAGAAGCACUAUGAUCCUCUAUUCGUCUCUCUGGACAGCUGCACGAAUCUCCAAGAAAUUUUGGAAUUUCCACGAGAAAUAGAUUAUUUGAAUGCAAGGUGCUGUCGUGCAUUGAAACAAGUUUCAGCACUGUCGAAGAUUUUGGAAGGUAAAAAGUCAAAAAUGAUUCGUCGCUUGAACUUGUAUGACUGCAAAGUACUGUGUUACAAUCUGGCUCAGAUGAAGAAAAAUCAUUUACGGGAUGAUUCAGCGGAGACUGCUCUGUUGUCUAUCUUUCUCUCAUGUCACCAAUCUGAGUUCGAGGUCUUCUAUCCCGCCAAACAUGGAGUUCCAGAGUGGUUUUCCUGCCGUAAUGAUGUCAAUAGAGGAGGAUGUCUAGCGUGGUCAGCAUACAAGUUCAAAUUUGAACUUUCCCGUCAUUUCAACUGUGAGAACAAAGGGUUGGCUUUUUUUGCUAAAACUUACAAGAAGACGUUCUCUAAGGGACCAUAUAUCAAAUACUGCACCAUCUCCAUUACUGGGAUAUCCAUAAUGGAUCCAUCCAAGAAGACAGAAGACAGUCGGCGGAGAUUGUCCUCUGGUCAUGUGUGGUUGUACUAUAUUCCAUUCCAUACAAUAAUAAGACGACUCAGAGAAAAUGGUUUGCCGUUACCUACCAUGUGUCUGGUGGAGUUUGAAUUUGAAAAUGAUUGGGGUGGUGCAGCGACGGGAUGGUGCGGUGUUCACGUAGUAAUGCCUGCGGACGAGGAUGGCAUAACUAUCCAUCAAGUUAAUAAUGCAGACUGCACCUCUGAAGGUGAUGAUGGACUGAUGGCGUUAUCUUGUUUUACUCCUCAGCAUGCAGGAGCAUCUUCCCCAUCCGCCAAAUUGAUACAAUCCGAUGCUCUGUUGGUCGUCUUAAAGAGACUUGGAAAACUUGAGGUGGAAUACGUAUCUGUUGGCAUGAUUGAAGAUAGCAGCAUUGCAGCAUUCACUAAUAAGGGCAAUGAAGAUUCCAAUCGUUUCCAAUAUCAUUGGAUUGACUUGACUGGUUUCUGGGUGGGUGGUCAUCCUUCAAUUAUGAAUGCCAAAUCUGGCCUCUGGAAGACCUUUGAGGUUUUGAUAUACUGCAAUUGCAGCACUGCUACAUUUCUGGUUUUCCACUUCACUAAAAAUCUCGGUAAUGUCUGA